ACUCUAAAGUCGGUUUUCAUUUCUCCAACAUCACCCGCCAUUUCAAAACCCUAACCUGCAACGUUCGUCUUUCUUCAAUUUCCUCUCAAAUUUCCCCAAUUCUCUGUUCCAUUUUCUCCAGAAAUUUCAUAUCAUUUAUCAUUCACCUAAUUAAUUCUUAGAAAACUUCCUUCAUAUCAACAAUUCUUCUAAUUCAUCUGAAAAUUUGCAGAUUUUUUUUGUUAAAACACUAAAUCAAAAUCGUCAGAAAAUGCCGAUAAAUCUGACGCGAAAUUCGCUUGCAGCUAUAAUGGACGGCGAUAUCAAUUCCAAACCUCUGGUUCAGGUUCUGGACAUCAGGCUCAUUAGUUCAAACCAGGAACGGUACCGUUUGAUGUUAUCCGACGCCGUUUCGACUCAUCAAGCGAUGAUUGCUGUUCAGCUUAACGACCGCGUUAAUUCCGGCCAAGUUCGUAAAGGCUCAGUUAUUCAAUUGCUUGAGUAUAUUUGUAGUGCUGUUAAAGAUCGCAAGAUUAUCGUCAUCCUCAAUAUGGAAAUUAUUAUGCCUGAUUGUGAGAUUAUAGGGAAUCCAGUGAUGACCACUGGAGCCGACUCUUCUGUUGGAUAUGCAUUGCCUAAUAAUAAUCCUUCUAAUCCUGUUAGAGGAAGCAAUACACGAAUGGCAGCACCAAGUAACAGUUACAACACACAGAAUUUCAGACCCACUAUUCAGCCUGCAUACCAGCCACCCCCUAGUUACAAAAAUCAUGGUCCUGUUGUGAAGAAUGAGGCACCAGCACGUAUACUUCCAAUUGCUGCAUUAAAUCCUUAUCAGGGUCGUUGGGCUAUUAAAGCAAGAGUCACAGCUAAAGGUGAUCUUCGCCGUUAUAACAACGCUAAAGGUGACGGGAAGGUGUUUUCCUUUGAUCUCCUUGAUUCAGAUGGUGGUGAGAUUCGUGUUACAUGCUUUAAUGCUGUUGUUGACCGCUUUUAUGAUGUUAUAGAGAUUGGAAAGGUUUAUAUGAUCUCAAAGGGUUCCCUAAAACCUGCUCAGAAAAACUUUAAUCAUUUGAAGAAUGAGUGGGAAAUUUUUCUGGAAGCAACUUCUACUGUUGAUCUUUGCCCAGAUGAAGAUGUUUCAAUACCCAAACAACAGUUUAGCUUCCGACCUAUCAGCGAAAUUGAGACUGUUGAAAACAAUUCCAUUUUAGACAUCAUCGGUGUUGUAAUAUCGGUCAAUCCUUCCGUCCCCAUAAUGAGGAAGAACGGGAUGGAAACACAAAGAAGAAAUAUAAAUUUGAAAGAUAUGUCAGGAAGAAGCAUAGAGCUGACCCUUUGGGGAGAUAUCUGCAACCGAGAAGGUCAAGAGGUGCAAGAAUUAGUUGAUUCCGGGUACUUUCCUGUCUUAGCUGUGAAGGCUGCAAAGGUCAAUGAUUUCAGUGGGAAAUCCGUGGGUACAAUUUCUUCAACCCAGCUCUUUAUUAACCCUGAUAUUCCCGAAGCUCACAGUUUGGCUGAGUGGUUUCAUCAGGGAGGAAAGGAUUGUGCUUCCCAGUCAAUCUCAAGAGAUGUUAUGCCUCUUGGAGGAAAGAAUGAUGUGCGCAAAACUAUUUCCCAGAUCAAGGAUGAAGGUCUUGGGAGAUCAGAAAAACCAGACUGGGUUACAGUUAAGGCCACUUUAUCAUUCAUCAAAACAGAUAACUUUUGUUACACAGCGUGCCCGUUGAUGAUUGGUGAUAGACAAUGCAAUAAGAAAGUCACAAGAUCGGGAAAUUCAAGAUGGGUUUGUGAUCGGUGUAACCAAGAAUUCGAGGAGUGUGAUUACCGCUACUUGCUCCAAGCACAGAUUCAGGAUCAUUCAGGUGUGGCAUGGGUAACUGCUUUCCAAGAAACUGGGGAAGAGAUCUUGGGUUGCCCUGCGAAAGAGUUGUACGCUUUGAAAUCUGAAGAGCAAGAUGAUGAUAGGUUUGCUGAGGCUAUUCGUAGUAAGAUCUUUGUUCCGUUCCUUUUCAAGCUUAAGAUAAAAGAAGAAACCUAUGGUGAAGAGCAGCGAGUAAAAACAACAGUAGUGAGAGCAGAUCGACUGGAUUAUGCAGCAGAAAGCAGGUAUCUGCUUGAUACAAUGACAAAGCUCCGUCGACGAUGAGUGUCAACUAUCAAGGUUUAUGAUCGAAGAAUGUGGUCGUCACCUCCUCGUCGCCGCCCCUCCUGAACCCUAGCAACCUUUAUUCUCGAAGAAGUGAAGGAGGCGAUCCGGAUCUCCACCGGUAUCGACGUUUUUCAACACCGUCAAGAAAGGCGAUUGAAGCUGCAAGGCCAUUGAAGUUUUAGUGUGUAAUCAGGGGGUUUCAACACCACAUGUCUCAUUGUCUUAUUAUUGCGUUGAUCCCGU